CUCCUCUCCUCUCGUCUAUUAAAAAUUCACAAGUCCUCUCUAUUUGUCCAUAGGGAGGCCCAGUUCCGGACCUACGUAACACCAAUUUUAAAGUCCAAACCUUGGGUUUAAGCCCUAAGGGGAAUGCAGCACUAACAUCUUCCAUUUCUCGCCUGCUCACACAAAUGCUCUACUGUUAUUGUUCUCCUCCUCAUCAGCAGAGAUGGCUUGGCGUCGAAUUCUCCCUUUAAUAGCUCGCCAAGUAGAGCAAAAAUGCAACAUUGCUCAAUCCAAAUACACCCAUUCCACAGGUCAUUUUGCUUGGAAUUUUACAAAAGAAGGCAGUGCCCUUGAAGGCAUCCAUAAUCCGUUUUAUUAUUUUUAUCGGCAAGAACAGGGAAUUUCAACAUCAAGACAAUUUCUAGCAGCAACAGUGUCAGAUGUGCAACCUGUUCCUUCUCCGUUGUCACAAAUUCCAGCCCUUACAAGUGGAAAUGCUGAAGCACAGAGUGAAGCUGCACACAAGAGAAAAGUUCAAGCAGUUCUAAAGGAUAUCAAACAGAGCCCCAAGAAGGUGAAUUUGGUGGCUGCCCUGGUUCGUGGAAUGCGUGUGGAAGAUGCUCUGUUGCAAAUGCAAGUGACUGUAAAACGGGCUGCAAAGACUGUAUAUAAGGUCAUGCAUUCAGCUCGUGCCAAUGCUGUUCAUAAUCAUGGUUUGGAUGCUGAUCGCCUUAUUAUUGCGGAGGCAUUUGUUGGAAAGGGUUUGUUUCUUAAGAGAUUGUGGCCUCAUGCGAAAGGUAGAAGUGGUAUUAGAGUACGGCCACGAUGCAGACUUACGGUAGUUGUCAGGGAAUUGACACCUGAAGAAGAAACCGAGAUAGCUAAGCUACGUGUACAGAGAUUUAAAAAGUUGUCAAAACGGGAAAGCCGACUUGUUCCUCACAAACUUGUGGAGACCCAGUGGCAAUGGCAUCGCAAGCCGAAGGAGAGAACAGUCUCUUGUGCCACAACCUAGACAUAAAAAGUUGAAUUGCCAGUGUCUUUUUAAUGUGAAAUUAUUGAAUUCGAUCUUCAUUUGAUUUAUAGAAUAGUGGAAUGAAGUGAGAUAUACUACAGGUUGUGCAGCUUGUUUUAAGCAAUCGCAGAAGGAAAUUAGUGCAUGACUUCCAUGUUUCAUAGACUCGUGUUACAGUAUGGUAUCAAUUCACUCAGCACAUAAAAGAAUAAAAAUAGAAAAGGAAUAUGGAUUCAGCAUUCAAAAUAUGACUAGAAUUAUUCAAUUUUGGAACAAAACUACAAAUGUAAGUCUAAUGAACAAAUUGAAUACGGAGUUGCAGAGCAUUGAGUUGAUGUUGCU